AUGCUUAAUUUGCAAAAUCUCAAUCUGGGUUUGAUGGGUAUUUGCCGUUAUUCAAGAAAAUGCUUAUUGAAAUCAGGUUUGCUUCGAAGCCUUCUUAUUUGGCGCAGAGGUUGUUUUUUCAAUGUAAAUUUUGCAGCUUUAUCUGGGUUGCAGUUGGAAUACAAUGUGUCUGAUUUUACUUCUAUGAGUGAAACUGAUAGUGACGUUGAUAAAUUUAUUAUACCAAGAAUAAAAUAUAAGAAUCGAAAGAGGUGUGAAUUGUCUCUAUUUGUUGUGGGGCUGUUCAAGACUUUGAAUUGGGAGGUUGCUAGGCAAGUGAAAUUCUCUAAAGCCGUGAACUGCUAUGGACUUUGUGAUUCAAUUCAUGCGUUUAGAACCAUUGUUCAUGUGUUUGCAUUGGCGGGCCUGCAGAAGGAAGCACAGGCUUUGCUCACAGAUAUUGUUUCUUAUUAUAAGGAAGAAAAUCUUGAUGUUUCGGGAUUGUACUCCACGUUGUUGGAUUCACCAGAGUGUGUGGGAAGAUCUGCUACUGUAUUUAGUUUACUUAUAGAGGUUUUUGCAUUGAAUAAGAUGUUUGCGGAUGCGAAAGAUGUUUUUAUGCAGGCUAAGAAAAUUGGGGUUGAGUUGAAUAUUUCUUCGUGCAAUUUCUUACUAAAGUGUUUAGCAGAAGGGGAGCAGCUGGAAUCUGUUAGAAGUUUGUUUGAUGAUUUGAAGAAUACAGGGCCAUCACCAAAUGUUUACACCUACACAAUUAUGAUAAAUUUUUACUGUAAAGAAAAUCAUGGGCAGAAUAUGGAUAUGGAACAAGCAUCUCAGAUUCUGGAAGAAAUGGAGAAAAAUGUGGAAAGCCCAACAGUUGUUACUCAUGGUGUAUGUAUCCGUGAUCUCCGUAGAGUUGGUUCAAUUGGGAAUGCUUUGAACAAGAUUCAGGUUUGGAGUAGUAGAAACCAGCCUCUCAACAUUUAUUGUUACAAUGCUCUCAUUCAUGGGUUGUGCCAUAAAGGCAGAUCAGAUGAAGCUUUGAAACUUCUGGAAGAAAUGAAGAGCGAGGGAAUAUCACCUGAUGUUUAUAGCUAUAGCAUUUUAGUUGAUGCCUUUUGCAAGGAGGGAGAUAUUGAAUCGGGUAUGGAUUUAAUUCAAGAAAUGGAGGGUUGUAAUAUAAAGCCACCCCUUGCUAGUUGCAGCUCAGUCCUCAUGGGUCUUUGUAAGAGAGGACUGAUGGACGAUUGUCUCAAUUUUUUCCGUGAGCUUAGUGCUAAAGGGUACAAGCAUGACCUGAUAUCUUACAGCACCUUAAUCCAUGGAUUCUUAAAGGGGCAUAAUAUGAAAUCUGCAAAUAAACUUGUGCAGGAGAUGAGAAAGAAUGGCUUGGUUCCUGAUUCCGUCAUUCAUAAUAGCCUGAUUCGUGAAUACUGCAAAAAAGGGGGCUUAAAGAGGGCGCUGGAAAAUUUCUAUACAAUGCUACAGGAUGGUCUCCAACCAGAUAUUAUUACUUGCAAUCAUAUUGUUGAUCAAUAUUGCAGCAGAGGGCGGUUUGAAGAAGCUUUGAGAUAUAUAAACCAAAUAAAAGAUCUAAAUAUUAUUCCCAACUCAUACACAUAUAGCGUAAUCAUAAACUGGUUGUGCAAGUAUCGAGCAGUGGAAAAGGCAUGGGAAGUUCUUCCUAUAAUGUUUAAGAACAACGUUUUUCCUUCUGUUGUCCAUUACACCAUCAUUAUGGAUGGAUAUGCUAAAAAGUUUAAAAAUCCAAUGAAGGCCUGGAAGUUGUAUCGAAAAAUGCCAAAACUUGGCUGCAAACCAGACGGUGUGACCCAUACAGUUCUCGUUGACAUGUUCUCCAAGAGAGGCAAAAUGUCUAAAGCACUUGAUUUGUUUAAGGAGAUGGCAGAAGAGGGUUUGAGCCGAGAUGAGUUUGCUUACACUGCUAUUAUAGCUGGGUAUUGUAGAGUUGGAAAUAUGAAAAGGGCUUGGUCAAUGUAUAUGAAAAUGAAGAGAAACAAUGUCACACCCAAUUUGAAGACAUAUACUUGUCUAGUUGAUGGAUUUUGCAAGUUAAAACGCUUAGAUAUGGCAAACAUGCUGAUUGAUGAUAUGAAGAGAAAUAAUGUUACACCUGAUGUGAAGACAUAUACUGCUUUAAUUGCUGGGUAUGAAAGAAUUAAAAAUAUAGAUAGAGCCUAUGAGGUGUUCGAUGAAAUGAAGAAGAAGGGAAUCUCACCAGAUAACAUCGCAUUUGCUACGCUGAGAUUGGGCGACGAUGGAGGAGACGUGUGGCAAGGACCAGAUGGUAAGUUACUCAUAUCACCUUUUUUGUUGUGUUUUAUUCUUUUUACCCUUCUGGGGAUUUUGUCCAAUUUACUUUCCUGUGUGAGUGAAAUACCUUGA